AACCACAACUAAAAACACACAAAAAAAUAAAAUAAAUCAAAUCGAACACCAGAGAGAAUUUCUUCACAAGGAAAUUUGAUAUUAAAUUUGGAGUUUCAUAAUGGAGAAGAUCCAAUCAACGAAGAACGAGAGUAAUAAACGGAGGAGACGAGAAGAGAUGAUAACGGAGAUAGAGAUGGAGGCUGCUCAACAGUUGAUGCAUCUAAGCGAUGAAGAGAAAAAUAUGGAUAUCAUCAAGAAGAAGAAGACAAUCGAAGAAAUAUUCGGUAAAGAUGAUAGUCAUGAUCAAGAUCAAUGCACGGAAGAAAUGGUGAUGUUGAGAGUAAUAUCAUCAUUGAAGAAGGAGAAGAAGAAGAAGUAUAGGACCAUUGAGAGCAUUUACAUGGCAACGAGACCUAUCAGGGUCGUGAUUAGAUGAAUAAACAUUUAACUCUCUUUAGGUUUGGAGUUUAAGAUUUUUAAGCAGUUUGUAAUUAGUUCGAAGCAUUGUGUUUGUUAUGAGCGCAACACA